AUGGGGUCCCCAACAGAGUGGGCAAGUGCAUGUCACAAUGCACUUGCCGAGCAAGUGCAGAAGGGGGACGACUUUGUCAAAGCCAACGCUUGCAACAAACUGACAGUAAUCGCUGACCAGAUCAGGUACCUGCAGGAGCAGGCCAAAAAGGUUUUAGAAGAAGCAAAGAGAGACGCUGACCUCCACCAUGCUGCCUGUAAUAUUGUGAAAAAGCCAGGCAACAUGUACUACUUGUACCAGCGGCCGUCUGGACAGAAAUACUUCUCCAUCAUCUCCCCUAAGGUUGGUUCCAUGAAACGUGAACUUCGAGUUCUGUCACCUUCAUUCAUUUUUAUGCAUUAUCUAACACAGUGGUUGGCAAACUUUUUUCAGUGA